GCGUACAGUGCACAGGGGGCGUUUGGCUGGAUUUUGAGUACGGAAGGACUCUAUGCUGUCGGUAGUGGAUAAGAUUCCCGCUGCUGCAUCCCGGUGCUUACCGGGGUGAUCUGUCAUCAGAAGUCUCGAAGACGCAGCACACCGUGGGGACAUGAAUCUCUUACCUAAAAGCUCCAAGGAGUUUGGCUCUGUUGACUACUGGGAGAAGUUCUUCCAGCAGCGAGGAAAGAAAGCUUUCGAAUGGUAUGGGACCUAUCUGGAGCUGUGCGACGUGCUGCACAAAUACGUCAAGCCCAGGGAGAAGGUGCUUGUGAUUGGCUGUGGCAACUCAGAGCUAAGUGAACAACUGUAUGAUGUGGGCUAUCAGGAUAUAGUGAAUAUUGACAUCAGCGAGGUCGUCAUCAAGCAAAUGAAAGAACGCAACGCCAGCCGACGGCCCCACAUGAGUUUCCUGAAGAUGGACAUGACGCAGAUGGAGUUUCCUGAUGCCACAUUCCAGGUGGUGUUGGACAAGGGCACGCUGGAUGCUGUCCUGACAGAUGAGGAGGAGAAGACCCUGCAGCAGGUGGACAGGAUGCUGGCCGAGGUUGGCCGCGUCCUGCAGGUGGGCGGUCGCUACCUCUGCAUCUCCCUGGCUCAGGCUCACAUCCUGAAGAAAGCAGUGGGUCACUUCUCUCGGGAGGGGUGGAUGGUGAGGGUACACCAAGUGGCCACCAGCCAGGACCAGGCGUUUGAAGCAGAGCCUCGGUUCCCCCUGCCUGUCUUUGCCUUCGUCAUGACUAAGUUCAGGCCAGUCCCUGGCUCUGCCCUUCAGAUCUUUGAGCUGUGCACUCAAGAGCAGGGCAAGCCUGUGCGGCUGGAGAGUGCCGAUCGGCUGGCCGAGGCCGUGCGGGAGCGGCAGCACUAUGCUUGGCUGUGCAGCCAGCUGCGCCUUUGCAAGGCUGGGCUGGGGAGUGUGUCCCUGGACUUGUGCAGUGGGGACACUGGGGAGCCACGCUACACCCUCCACGUGGUGGAUAACCCCACCGUGAAACCAUCGCGGGACCGUCAUUUUGCCAUUUUCAUCAUACCUCAGGGCCGCGAGACUGAGUGGCUGUUUGGCAUGGAGGAGGGCCGGAAGCAGCUGGCAGCCAGUGCCGGCUUCAGGAGGUUGGUCACAGUGGCUCUUCAUCGAGGCCAGCGGUAUGACGGGAUGGAAAGCAUUCAAACAGAGCUGUCGGCCAGAGUUAUGGAGCUGGCCCCAGCUGGCAUGCCUCCCCAACAGCAGGUGCCCUUCCUGUCUGUGGGCGGGGACAUCGGGGUCCGGACUGUUCAACACCAAGACCACAGUGCCCUAAGCGGUGACUAUGUAAUCGAGGAUGUGCAAGGGGAGGACAGGCGGUACUUCCGGCGCCUCAUCUUCCUCAGCAACAGGAAUGUGGUGCAGUCGGAAGCCAGGCUGCUGAAGGAUGUGUCCCACAGAGCCCAGAAGAAACAGAAGAAGGACAAGAAGAAGCACCGACCUGCCGAUGCUUCGGAGGACCUCCCGCCUGGCCCAGGGCAGCCCAUUGAUAAGAGUUACCUCUGCUGUGAACACCAUAAAGCCAUGGUUGCUGGCCUUGCCUUGCUGAGAAACCCAGAGCUGCUCCUAGAGACUCCGCUGGCCUUACUGGUGGUGGGCCUGGGCGGGGGCAGCCUCCCCCUCUUCAUUCACGAUCAGUUCCCAAAGUCCCGCAUCGACGCCGUGGAGAUCGACCCCUCCAUGUUGGAUGUGGCCACCCAGUGGUUUGGCUUCUCACAGAGUGACCGGAUGAAGGUUCACAUUGCAGAUGGCCUGGACUACAUUGCCAGCCUGGCAGGAGGAGAAGCACGACCUCACUAUGACGUGAUAAUGUUUGAUGUAGACAGUAAGGAUCCAACGCUGGGAAUGAGUUGUCCUCCCCCAGCGUUUGUGGACCAACUUUUCCUGCAGAAGGUCAAAAGCAUCCUGUCUCAUGAAGGCAUCUUUAUCCUUAACCUCGUGUGCCGUGACUUGGGGCUGAAGGACUCAGUGCUGGCUGGGCUCAGGGAAGCCUUCCCACUCCUGUACAUGCGGAGAAUCGAGGGCGAAGUGAACGAGAUCCUGUUUUGUCAGCUGCAUCCAGAACAGAAGCUAGCUACAGCAGAGCUUCUGGAAAUGGCCCAGGCUUUGGAGAGGACCCUGAGGAAGCCUGGUCGGGCUUGGGAUGACACCUAUGUCCUGUCAGAUAUGCUGAAGACCGUGAAGAUUGUGUGAUCCCUGGGGCCGGCGGUUCUCUGCUUCCUAUCCGACUGACUUGAACCCGUGGGCUGCAGGAGGCUGGAGCAUCACAGUGCUUUAGGCCUCAUGUUUCUCUUGGUUGCAUACUCAGCCACUGCUUCCCUCCUUUUGG